AUUUAUGAUUACUGAGGACGGGUUAUUCGUAUUAUCGUCGGAAGUUGGAGUAGUCGAUGUGGAGCCAUCGGAGGUGGUACAGAAAGGCCGGCUAGGACCGGGCAGGAUGAUUCUGGUGGAUACGAAACAGGGCCGAGUGGUUUUGGAUAGCGAAAUCAAGGAUACUUUCAGCAGGAUUGCACCCUUUAAAAAUUUCCUGCAACAAGCGGUCUUUAUAGAUGCGGAAUCUACAAAGAGGAUUACUGUUGAUGAUUAUGGUUCGAAGGGCAAGGGAAUACCAAUAACAUUGGAAGUGCUCGAUAUUGCUGAAGUCGCGGUAACAGAGCAGUUGGUCAUGCAUGGUUAUGUAGCUGAGAUGCUCGAUAUGAUAUUGGGCCCGAUGGCGAGAGUCGGCCAGGAGCCUCUAGGUUCGAUGGGUCACGAUGCACCACUGGCGUGCUUAUCUCGGCUGCCGUUAUCAUCGUUUUACUAUAUGCAGCAGCUCUUCGCAGAGGCGACUAACCCUGCGAUUGACCCUCUACGAGAGUCCAUUGUGAUGAGCUUGGAGUGCCCUAUAGGACCGCAGUUGUUGAGCUGUGACGAGCAGUGUGAAAGGGCCGAUUUUGAAAGACCUCAUGCGCUUGCGUGCGGACCUAAUCCGGCGAGAAGGGUGGUAUUGGACGAACCGAUUCUAGAUUUCUCGGGGGCGUGUGCACUUGAGUCGAGACUUCAUGAUAUUUGCGAGGAAGCAGAGGCGGCAGUUCAUGAUGGUGCGGGAAUAUUAAUUCUCUGUGAUCGUCGGGCUGGUCCGAGUAGAGUACCUGUUGAUGCCCUCCUUGCAGUAGGGGCGGUUCACCAUCGUUUGAUAAAAUGCCGUUUGAGAAGCCAAACUGCUAUUAUAGCUGAGGUUGGUGCGGUAUCGUCCAUACACCAGAUGUGUUGCCUGCUAGCGUUUGGUGCUGAUGCUAUUUAUCCUUAUCUGGCAUACGCUGCUUUAACGAGAGUGCGUCCGUCGAGUAUGGGGGUUGCGAGGGACUCGACUGUGGUGGAGAUGAGCUUGAAUAAGAUGGUGAAGAAUUAUAGGGCUGCGGCACAUGCUGGAAUUCUCAAGGUUAUGUCCAAGAUGGGUAUUUCAUGCCUGUCGAGUUACAAAGGAGCUCAACUAUUCCAAUGCAUUGGCCUUGCACCUGACGUUAGGAAUCUCUGUUUUGAUGCAUGUUUGUCAUCACUUGGGGGCGUGGGCUUCCGAGCCUUGCAAGAAGAUGCGCUCAGGCUACACACUAAUGCGUAUCCUUCUCGCCCCCUGCCACCCCUGGUAGACGCCGAGACGAGCCGCUAUGCGCUGCCCGAGAUGGGCAUGUAUCAUUUCCGCUCCGUCGGGAACGCAUCGGAGCUCCACAUGAACGCCCCUGAUGUUAUAGCGAAGGUUCAGGAGUCGGCCAGAAAAGACUCGCCGAUCGCAUACAAGGAAUAUGAAGAAUGGGAAAACGCCUUAGUCGAUGAGUGUGAACUCCGCGGGCUUUUGGAGAUUUGCUAUGACAAGUGUUCGCCGAUCGCUGUGGAAAGCGUGGAAACGGAGACUGAAAUUGUAAAGAGAUUCUGCACAGGUGCUGUUUCUUUUGGUGCCAUCUCGUCACCGACCCACGAGGCGUUGGCUAUGGCGAUGAACUCCCUGGGUGGUCGAUCUAAUACGGGAGAAGGGGGAGAAGAUGAGGCCAGGUUUGGUGAAGAUAAUGAGGUGAGGUCUCGUAUCAAGCAAGUAGCCUCUGGCCGAUUCGGUGUAACUGCGGCGUAUUUGGCGGACGCUGACGAGAUUCAGAUAAAACUAGCACAGGGCGCUAAGCCGGGCGAAGGAGGGGAGUUGCCAGGGUAUAAGGUCGUCGGUGCCAUCGCGGAGAUUCGGAAGUCCACCCCGGGGGUUGGGCUGAUAUCACCUCCUCCUCAUCACGAUAUGUACAGUAUUGAGGAUGUGGCUCAACUGAUAUCGGAUUUGAAACAUACCAAUCCAACGGCAAGAAUAUCUCUCAAGUUGGUGUCUAAGAUCGGAGUAGGCAUCAUCGCCGCUGGCCUAGUGAAGGGUGGUGCUGGUCAUGUUGUUAUCUCUGGCAACAGUGGGGGGACGGGCGCCGCGAAAUGGACCAGUAUUAAACACGCUGGAGGGCCGUGGGAACUGGGCCUGGCAGAGUCGCAUCAGGUGUUGGUUUUGAAUGGUCUCCGUGAUCGAGUGGUGCUGCAAGCGGAUGGACAGAUCAGGACGGCUCGGGAUGUUGUCUACGCGGGUCUGCUGGGCAGCGACGAAAUUGCUAUGACAACGGUGCCGAUGAUCGCACUGGGGUGUGUUAUGAUGAGGAAAUGUCAUCUUAAUACGUGCCCUGUGGGAAUCGCCACUCAAGAUCCAGAGUUAGUUCGAAAGUUCGCGGGCCAGCCUGAGCACUUGGUGAACUUCCUAUGGCUGAUGGCUGGAGAAGUGAGGCAGAUUAUGGCUAGACUUGGCAUGAGGCGAUUCGAGGAUUUGAUCGGCCGAACGGACCUUCUUCGCAUGAAGUCAGUGGUGCGUGAGAAUAAGAAGACUGCUGUGAUCGAUUUGUCGGAUAUGCUUAAGCCGACUUGGGAGGCCUGGAGACGUGGAGAUUCGCAGAUGGGAAGAUCGUCAGUGGCUGAGGAUCUCGAUGAGCGCAUCCUUGCUCGGGCAAGGGCGAUGAUAGAAGGGGAUGACAGCGAUCUGGCACUGGAGAUGAAAGAGCCUAUUUUGAUCAACAAUAGCGAUCGAACGGUUGGCGCAAGGCUUUCAUAUGAGAUUGCCAAGCACAGAGGAUCGGCUGGUUUGCUCGAAGGGUCGUUGCUGGUUUCCUUUUUUGGGAGUGCUGGACAGUCGUUUGGAUCGUGGUUAAUGAAGGGAGUAUCCUUCUCGCUAGAGGGAGAGGCUAAUGAUUAUGUCGGGAAAGGUCUAUGCGGCGGGGAUAUUGACAUACGGCCACCGAAACCGCGCGCGCCCGAGUUCCUCCCCGAAGACAACGUCAUCGUGGGAAAUGCCUGUUUGUAUGGUGCCACUGGCGGAAGACUUUUCAUAAAUGGUCAAGCAGGAGACAGAUUUGCUGUUCGUAAUAGCGGAGCAGUAGCUGUCGUCGAAGGGUGCGGAGAUCAUGGUUGCGAGUAUAUGACUCGAGGGGUUGUUGUUGUGCUCGGCACCACGGGGAGGAACUUCGCUGCUGGUAUGUCGGGAGGUCUGUCGUAUGUUUUGGACUUGGAUCGCAACCACUGCAAUAAACAGACUGUUUACCUGGACCCGCUGGGAGGAGACGCUCGUGAGGACAAAGUUGCCCUGAAGGCGCUGUUGUCGGAGCAUCUGAAGAGGACGGGUUCGCCACAAGCGGCGAAGCUCCUCGCUGACUGGGCCAACUCGAUCAAGCGAUUCACGAAAGUCUUCCCUCAUGAGUAUAAACGCGUGUUGAAAGAAGCAAUCGUGGAACAUGUGAAGACGGGCAGUACGGUCGCUGCGGGGAUCCUCAACGACUUUGAAAAUAUGCGGCGAAAUGCAAGAUUGCAAGAUUUAGAUAUGAGGCCGGCUAGUGUGGCCUUCCCUGAUAAGCGGGCUGGGUUUAAGUUGUAUUCCCGACGGAAUCCGAUGAUUUCGCGCGCCCCGAAAUCGAGAGUGCUUGACUGGGAGGAAAUAUACAGCAAGAAGCCGCAUAGAUCGAGGCUAUAUGACCAGUUGCUGACGACUCAGACUGCUAGAUGUAUGGACUGUGGCACGCCGACAUGCCACUAUCCCAAUACGGGAGGAGGAGGAUGUCCGUUGGGAAAUCGCAUACCAACAUUUAAUCAACUCGUAUAUGAAGGGCAGUGGAAAUUGGCAUUGGAUCGUCUGCUUGAUACGAACAACUUCCCGGAGUUCACCGGAACCGCAUGCCCAGCACCAUGCGAAGAAGCGUGUGUGCUUAGUAUCACGAGCCCGCCUGUUACUAUCAAAAGUGUCGAACUGGCUAUUAUCGAACAUGCUUUUCAAAAGGGUUGGAUACAGCCGAUGCCGCCUCUUACGAGAACGUACAAGACGGUUGCGAUCGUGGGCAGCGGACCCGCGGGGUUGGUCGCGGCGGCUCAGUUGAAUAAGGCUGGACACAGCGUGACUGUCUUCGAGAGGGCCGAUCGAAUCGGCGGUUUGUUGGUGUAUGGGAUUCCGAAUAUGAAAUUGGAUAAGAUCGAUAAAGUGCAGAGGAGAGUUGAGAUACUCCAACAGGAGGGAAUCGAGUUCAAGACAGAUAUCGAAAUCGGCGUGGAGCCCCAUACCCUAUCAUCUCUACGGGCUGGCUAUGAUGCUGUGCUUGUGGCCACUGGAGCUACCCAGUCUCGAGACACACUAACGAGGAUACCGGGUCGCCAGUUGAAGGGCAUUUAUCAGAUAUGUUCGGAACACACUUAUCCCUGCGACCUGGCUCUGCUAGCGAUGGGGUUCACCGGACCUGACCAGGUGGUCGACCAAGGAGCUCUUCCACGCAAAGAAGGUUGCUUCGAUGCUGAAUACGGAAGUUACAUAGUGAACAGUGCGAGUCUGAGUGGAAUUGGCACGGAAGCUCCCGUGUUUGCCGCUGGGGACUGCAGGAGGGGAGCGAGCCUAAUAGUGACAGCUUUGGCUGAGGGAAGGGAUGUCGCUGCUGUGAUCGACAGGCAAGUUAGAAUUGCCGCAGGGCAUGUUCUUUGUGGGGGCGGCGCUGAAUCGGGCGGGUUGAUAACGAUAAUCUCGUUGAAUCGGCCCGGGGGCCACGUCGCUCGCCCGCCGCUGACGCUGAGUUUGGAGGAAGGUCUUGGUGUAUGGACGGCUUUCGAGAGAGGGGAUAAACUACAUGUUGUUUGGACGGCUGGGGAGGAGCUGAAAUCGAUCGAAAUGGCGAGCGCGAAUCUGUCUGGUGAUAUGUGGGUGAGGAGAAGGCUUGUCAGCGCGGAAUGGGUGCUCCUGUUCGCAAUGAUGAGUAUAGGGAAGUGGCUCGUCAAUGGUUGGGAUACGACUCAAGCGAAGUUGGGAGCCAAGCUCAGUAGUUUCCAAAGCCAUAUUAUGAAGAAAUUCACAUAA